UUUCACGUCAAACUCAAAAUCUUAAUCUAGAUUCCACUCCCUCUGCUGUCAACGGUACGACUGUUAAUGCUAGAACAACAACAAGACCACCUCCAGGUUUCGGUGCUUUGUCUCCUGAUGAAGUGAUCGGAUCAGCGAAUGAAUCACCAGAAAGUGAGGUGCAAUUACGUAAUGCUUACACACCACCUCGCAUACGGGAAGAAGAUUUUCCUACACUAAGUGAUGCAAUGGGGGUUAGCAUGAGUAAUAAUUCAGGUACCAUUAAAAAUUACAGUGAAAGAGUAAAGCAAAAUUCUAAGCCUGUUGAUAAACCUAAACCAGUUGAUAAACAUAAACCUGCUGAUAAGCCUAAACCCACUGCUAAUAAGCCUAAACCCACUGCUGAUAGACCUACACAAACGGUUGCAAGUAGUAGUCGAAGUGAAACUUCCCCAACUCCACCUUAUUCUUUACAACAACCACCAAUGUUUGAGUCUACAAAAAAAAGAAAUAAUUAUGCCUUUCCUCCUUUACCAUCUACGAGCCAUUCAACUUCUACGUCAAAUAGUAGCAAUAGCACUAGUGCCUUAAACUACAGAGAAAAAGCCUUGUCUAGUUUUGAAAAUUCAAAUUCAAAUUCUCGUAAAUUAGUUUUGCACCAACGUGUUUUCGGACUUUUAUCCAACGAUUCCGCCAAAAUGGAUGAAUUUAAUUCGAUAACUGAAUUAUACAGUGACUCCUCAUUUCUUAGCGCACAUUCAUACGUUGAAUCAUUAUUGGAGCUGUUUAACAGAAAGGAGGAUGUCGGUAAAGUCGUAAAUGGUAUGGUAGAAGUAUUGGAAGACGAGAAGAAGAAACAAGAAUUAUUAAGAGCAUGGAAUGAUCAUAAAGCUAAGGUAAUCAUUUGUGAAUUAUAUAAUUUUCGAUUUUAUAUAAUUCUUAUAACAAUAAUAUUAAUUUGAAAAUUACUGGUUACAGCGUACUACUACCGAUUUUCCUGCUUUAGAACCAGUAAAUUCUACACAAAGUAAUUCUAAACCAAAUAUUACGACACCUAAACCAUCACCUCGUGUAUUAGUAAUUAAAUCUUCAACUACUCGAUCUGGUGGUACAAAAUCAAGUAGUGGACCUCAAGUUUGGGAUAAAAUUGCUGCUAUUGCUGCCCGUG